AUUGAAUCCCGUCGUAGCUCUAUGGAGAAUCUUCUUGUGCCUUUCAUCGCGAACGAGGUACAGGAAGAUAUCCGGCACGGCCACACUAGCAUGUCUGUGCUACCAAAGCAGAGCACGCCUGCUGCUGCAAGAGUAAAUUACAAAACAAACAGUAGCCUGGAGAUUGUCACUCGGCAGCUGGAAGCCGUUCCACCAUUAGCUGCAGAGCGUCCUCUUAACUGCGCAAGCGCAUCUUCAGAAAACGAAAUGGACAACCACAUAGCAGGAGAAUACUCCAAGCAAAAGUUGCGCCCACGAAAACGGCCGCGACUGUGCGCGCAGAUGAAAGCUCUGUUUAUUCGCGAGGUGCAAGGGACGUACCGCAAUCUCUUUUCAUUGUUGUUUCGCGUGUUCACACCUGUCUUGCAGGUUGUGCUAUACUCGGUCGCGUUCUUGCACGUUGGACGGUAUCUUGCGCAAGGAAAACACCUAGGUGACGACGGAACGCUCGCACAGCUUCAGACCGAAGCGCAGUUCUCGGCACGCAUUCGCGAGCUCUUUAUCUCCGUCGCCACCGUUUUCUUCAUGGCAUUUACAGCUGGUGCACAGAUCGUGCUUCUGAAUAUUCCGGCAGAGCGCUCCGUCUUUCUACGCGAAUACACGAGCAAUAUGUACUCUACGUGGAUGUACCUGUUGAGCAAGAUGUUGGUAGAACUACCACUCACACUCCUGCAAACUCUCUUGAUUGUCGUGAUUCUGCAAGCCGCGUACGGCACAAACGCCUCCUUCUGGUGGUUGUGGUUCCUCAUGUUUCUGUGCAUGACAUCAGGC